GUCCAGCCCAUACCCAUUACAUUUUCUAUCUCAUUAAUAUCAUAUGUCUGUUAUGUUUCAUUAUUUAGUUGCUUCCCACCUACUACAACCUCACACUUUGCAAACUUAACUUCACCUUCAAAUCCCUCAUGGCUGCCUGCAUCUUCCUCACCAUCUCCAUCCUCACCAUCAUCACUCUAGCCUCCUCCACCACCAUCAACCCGUCAUCCGAUCUCGUCCGUUCAUCAUGCCAACACGCCACCUUCCCUAAAGUCUGCAUCCACACACUCUCCCUAUACAAAGGCCCAGCCACUACCCCACGUGAACUCGCACAAGCCGCAAUCAAAGUCAGCAUUUCUCGAGCAACCAAAGCGUCAGAAUAUCUUUCCGGGCUGCAAAAGGAAGCUGAUAGGCGCGAGAAGGGCGCCUUGAAGGACUGUACUAGCCAAAUAGCAGACUCUGUGGAUGACCUCAGGAAGACUUUGAGUGAACUAAAGGACCUCAAAAGAGGCACAUUCAGGUGGCAAAUGAGCAAUGCCAAGACAUGGGUCAGUGCAGCAUUGACCAAUGAAGACACAUGUCUAGAUGGGUUCAAAGAGAUUGAAGGUCAGGUUCGGUCUGAUAUCAAACGGAAGGUUACAAAUGUCGCUAAAGUUACCAGUAACGCUCUUUAUCUCAUCAAUCGUCUUGAUCAUGCAUAACCAUGUUCUAUUAUCAUUUAUAUAAUAUCAUUUAUAUAAUAUCAUUUAUAUAAUUAUCAUCAAUUGAUAUAUAGAUAUAUUUAUAUAUAUAUAUAUGUUUAUCUUGCUAUAUAAUAAAAGAAUGUAUUUAACUA